CGUGUAGCCUAUCUAGAGUAGCCUACUGUUCUGCUCGCAUCCACACCUCAAAAAGGUAACAGAGCAACAUCGUGGGAAACUGUGGACACAUGCUUGUGAUACAGGUCGUCGUUCAUUGACCAGCACCAUGAUAAGGCAUGAUCUGGAUAUGACCGAGGUGGUCAACCGCAAGAGACCAAAGUCUGUUCUGGAUGUGAGGUUUCUGAAUCACCAGGAGGACAUUAUUCUUCAACACAAACUGACCCUGUUAGACAUGAGGCACAGGUACACCCUCAGAGUUCUGUGUCAGGAUAGAAACUCACUGAUGAUGGAACACAGGAAACUACUACUUCUCAAAGUCUGUGAACCUUGUGCCACUAUCAACAAAACCAUGAAAGAGAUAUCCAAAACUAAAAAGGCAAGGAUGGAUCGUGCCGUCUCUGCCUCUGACAACAGACGGUUGUACUCCAGUAAAUCCCUUUCCAUCGACAGAGGAAAACUAGUCUCAUGUUGGCAGACAUCAAACAGUAAUGUCAUUGUAGAGAAACCUAGAAUGGUUGGGGUUGAGGCUAGAGGAACAUCAAUGCUGAGCUUGAGGAGAUCUCAGUCAGCACAGCCCAAAACCGUACACUCUGCCAAUCACAGAGAGACAGAGACAGGACACUCUGCCAAUCACAGAGAGACACAAGCAAGGGAAGGACACUCUGCCAAUCACAGAGAGACACAAGCAGGGGAAGGACACUCUGCCAAUCACAGAGAGACACAAGCAAGGGCAGGGCACUCUGCCAAGCACAGAGAGACAGAGGCAGGACACUCUGCCAAGCACAGAGAGACACAAGCAAGGGCAGGGCACUCUGCCAAACACAGAGAAACAGAGGCAGGACACUCUGCCAAGCACAGAGAGACACAAGCAAGGGCAGGGCACUCUGCCAAGCACAGAGAGACAGAGGCAGGACACUCUGCCAAACACAGAGAGACAGAGGCAGGACACUCUGUCAAACACAGAGAGACAGAGGCAAGGGAAGGACACUCUGCCAAACACAGAGAGACAGAGGCAAGGGAAGGACACUCUGUCAAACACAGAGAGACAGAGGCAGGACACUCUGCCAAGCACAGAGAGACAGAGGCAGGACACUCUGUCAAACACAGAGAGACAGAGGCAGGGCACUCUGCCAAGCACAGAGAGACAGAGGCAGGACACUCUGCCAAGCACAGAGAGACAGAGGCAGGGGUGUUUUCUAUCAUGCAGCUGAGGCAAAUAUCCACUAUUGACUCUAUCUCAGAAAAGGAGCUGGCCAGCCAACAGCAACAUGCUAGAGGAGAGAAGGAGAGACUCAAACAAUGUCAGCAGGAUACGCUAAGCCAGAAAAUAAACAACUUUCUGAAAAAACUUGACAACACUUGUAAUGAGCAGAUAGAAACAUGACAAGAGGUAUUUCUUUCACCGGUCAGAUGAAAACACGUUGUACCACUUUUUUUGAGAAACCUGAUCUUCGUAUCGUGUUUCGUGUAGACUAUUUUGUUUCCUAGUAACCUUUGUGAAGUAAUUAUCCACUUUUGAAAGACUGUAAAUGCAGACCACCAUUUACCUCUGUGAGGUAAAUCUCAGGUAGCUUAGGGGAAUAGUGCCACUGCUUUUAGUUAACUGAUGCAGU